AUGGUUAUUAAAACUAAUACGACUAGCAAGCCUGUCAUAUUGGAAUCAAAUUUGUCUUCAGGAGCUGGUAUAAUAAUUGAGUUUCGUUCUAAUAACUAUCUUAUUGCUAUUAUUCUAAAUGUUUUUCAUAAUAUACCUUCAAACUGGAGUAUUCAAUUGUUUCAUGGAUCGUCCAAUUAUGAAUUCAUUAUGAAUUCGACAUCUUUGUCACAGUUCAUAAGGACUGGACGACUUAUUUUAACUCAAUUACCAGAAUACACUGGAGCUAAUAGACAACGUCAUUCCUUUCUUAAUCGAUUGUUAACAAAUGAAUCAUUCUGGGAACGUGUAAUUAAUGUAGAAAAAGUCCUUUUCUUUCAACUUGAUACCGUUUUUUGCUCAAAUUCUCCGUAUAAAUUUUCCGAUUUUCUCGAAUGGGAUUAUAUUGGAGCACCAUGGUCUUAUUCAUGGAUAAAUAUGACUGGUGGUUCACUUGUUGGAAAUGGAGGAUUUUCACUUCGUAGUCGAUCGAAAACACUUGCAUUAAUAAAGAAAAAGCCUUACAGUAUAUCUAUAUAUGAAGAUCUUUACUUUGGAAAAUACAUGCCACUUGUUGGUGGCAGAGUAGCUUCAUUUGAAAUAGCACAAAAAUUCUCAUCCGAAGGUCAUCAUUAUGUAAAUUCUAUGGCUAUUCAUAAACCAUUUGGUGACAAUUAUGGUCGAAUAUGUCAACUUUGUCCUGAAGCAAAUCUUAUUCCACCUUUUUGCCGUUCUCAACCUCCUCCGUACUCGUUUUCAGCAUGA